AUGGCUCCAUCGUUUUUCUGUCCUCUUCCAACGACCACGGCUAAAUGGCUCGGGGAGCUUUAUACCGUUCACGGCCUCGAUCGGGCCGUUAUAGGUUAUUUGGCUUCCACGACUGAAUCUCCGGAAGCUGUUCGUGAUGGAUACGGUGGGGCGUAUCUCACCUUCUUUGAGACCUGCGCACUCCUAGUCAGGGCUCGCGAAGAGGGUUUAUUGUUCGGCCUUGAGGAGCUUCGUCAUCUCGUUCUGAUGAAACGAAACAACCAAAACUCUGGGACCUUUCUUAUGUCUCCCCGUCCAGGAUGUCACAUCAUACAGGGUAUCCUGUAUCGUGAUCAGAAUUGGCGAGAAGAAUUCUUUGUCUUCAAGAUCGACGAGGCGUCUGUGGGAAAUUUUGAUUUCUCGAGGCUUCCCCGCAAUUGGGCUGAGAAUAUAGUUCAUUCUGGGAGAUCAGAUAUGACCGACGGGCUUCGGGGUUUAAUCGGAGCUCUUCGGAGAGCUGCCUUCUCGAUGCCAGAUGGAUCGGGUGUUGCCUCGGAGAUUGCAGGCGCCUUCGAAGAUGAAGCGGAGCACUCUCAGGAGGAGGUAGGGGAUUCUUCUACCAAUCCUACUCCUUCCGAUAGGCUGGAGAGGCAUCUUGCAAGGAGGUCGUCGUUUCGUACCUUUAGGUCGGCAUCGGCGGGCAAAGCCGCUAGUAGGCUGCCUCCGAUUUCAAUUCCGGAUUCGGACGAUGAGGGUUCCCCCGAAGCUCGGAGACCUCCUGUCCCUUUGAGUCCUGGCUUGCGGGAUAAUUCUGAUGCUGCGAGCCGUAAACGGCGUCACUCGUCGAAGGCCGUUAUGGAGGAGCCGUCUCGUUCCAAGCGAAAAUCAAAAGGUCGGAGGUUUGCUCUAGAGGGCGAUGGUCCUUCAUCCGUGGGCCAGGAUGAUCUUGUUUCGCUUGCUCGUCGUACGAGGUUCGUAGGUUGUCGUUCCCCGUCUCUUGCUUCUCCUGAAGAGGAGGGAGCUUAUGCCAAAGUAGUCAUCGCGAGCUCCAAGGUCGAUUUCGUUGGGCUAUAUGUGUUUCUGUUAUAG